AACGUGACGUCACCCGUAGGAGACAUUUGUUUACAAUAGUGAAUACAGUAUUACAGACUACAGUAAAAUAUUAAAUUGUUUUCACUUUUCACAUGCGUUUUUACGAGUUUUGUAAUUCAUUGUUUUCAUAUUCUUUUUCGCAAGUUAUAUGUCUAUCGAUAAUAUCUAUUUGAAUACAAUAAUUCAUUGGAUAUUAUGUCUACAAAUUCGAAAAGAAAACACUCAGGGGGAUCAUCUUGUGCAGUAGCGACGUGUAAGCAUUAUGCUAGCAAAACUAAACAGCAAGGAUUCGACAUAUCAUUUCACAGGUUCCCAAUAAAGAAUGUUGAGAUCUAUAAUAUGUGGGAACAUAAAUGUCGGCGAGGUGAUAAGUGGAAUCCUAAGACAUCGUUGGUUUGUUCUAAACAUUUUACCCAAGAUUCUUUCGUUCGAGAUUUGAAAGCAGAACUUUUAGGAUACACUCCUAAAGUUCGUUUGUUGAAACCUGAUGCAGUCCCAACUUUAUAUUUACCACCGGAUCAUUCACAAAGUGUAACUUCUUCUUCAGCGAUCAAUCGAAAUAAGAGAAUUGAAGCUAAAUCAAUGAAACAGGUACAUGAUGAACUAAUUUUAUCCAGCAUUACUUCUACUUCACCAGAUUCUCUGUCACCAUCAAUUGAAAUUUCUUCUACAAUCAAUGCGGACUCUAUUCCAUUUCCAGAUAAAUCACCUUUAAAUAUGGAUUAUGAACAAUUAUACAAUGACCUUUUGAGAACACACAAUGAAUUGAAAGUUGAAAAUGACAAGCAGAAAGAUAAGAUUUUAUCACUUGAAGAGCCUCUUGUAGAUUAUAAAAAACUUAUCCCUAAAGGAUCAGGAGUAGUUAAAAGGCUAACAGAUAGGAUUUUCAAAAGAACUGAAAUUGAACAAAAAUAUAAACCUGUAAUUCAGUCUUAUGUAAAACAAAGAUUGUUGAUCCGAAUGAAAUAUUACAACCAACAUGCAGUAUCAUUAGCUAAAAAAAGAAAAGCAAAAGCUCAACUAAGCAGAAUAGUGAAAUUAAGAAAAUUAAUGACUUGAGACUGAAAUAUAUAUAUUAGCCAAACCUACCUGAAUAAUGAUUAUAAUAUUUUUUUUUAU